GUUGAUUAAUGGAAAGGAAAUAGCAGUUAAAGGCUUUCAAUGAAAUCCAAACAAGGUCUUGAAGAGUUCAAGAACGAAGUGAUUUUAAUUGCAAAACUUCAACACAAGAAUCUAGUGAGGCUCUUGGGAUGUUGCUUAGAAGAAGAUGAAAAGCUUCUAGUCUAUGAAUACAUGGCCAACACUAGUCUCGAUGCCUUCUUAUUCGAUCCAGACAAAUGUAAGGUUCUAGAUUGGGCUAAACGCACAAACAUAGUCAAUGGGAUUGCUAAGGGCCUUCAAUAUCUACAUGAGGACUCUCGGCUGAAAAUCAUCCAUAGGGAUAUGAAAACGAGUAAUGUGUUGUUGGAUGAUGAGAUGAACCCAAAGAUAUCAGAUUUUGGUACUGCUAGAAUUUUUGGAAGCAAUCAAAUAGAAGCCAACACUAUCAGAAUCGUGGGUACAUAUGGAUAUAUGGCACCAGAGUAUGCAAUGGAGGGGCUAUUUUCAAUAAAGUCCGAUGUUUAUAGUUUCGGAAUUUUAAUGCUGGAAAUUGUAAGUGGAAAAAAGAACAGUGGCUUCAAUCAUCUAGAGCAUGCACAUAGCCUUCUGUCAUAUGUAUGGCAACUAUGGAAUGAAGGAAAAGGAGUGGAAUUGAUAGAUCAGACCAUAAUUGAUACUUGUCCUAUAAGUGAGGCUCUAAGAUUGAUCCAUAUCGCAUUGUUAUGCGUUCAAGAAGAUCCAAAUGAUAGACCUACAAUGUCAAGGGUCAUUCUCAUGCUUGCAAGCAAAUCAAUAAAUCUUCCUCAGCCAUCGGCACCUCCAUUUUCUGUUGAUAGGUUAAUCAUAUUUGAUCAAUCUUCAACAAUUGGCAUUGGAACUGGAAUGGGAUUAGUCACAUCCGAUCAAUCUUCAACAAGUGCUUCUAAUUAGUGAAGAGAUUAACCGAAGCAUGCUAUUCAACAAGUUUUUCAUUUUCGUACAAAUAUGGCAGGUGAGGAAUAAUAGCACUCGUAUAAAUAUACCCUACUUUUAUUCUUGUACUAAUUCUUACAGUUUAAAUAUAUUUGCAUCCGCACGGGAAUUAGAUUGAAUUGGUACAUAUACCAAAUUAUGGAAAACAAAACACGGAGGAGUAGUGCUAUAUCAUCAGAGAUUUUUAUGAAAAAUAUACCUAAUGUAUAUGUAUAUGUAAGU